AAUUCUACUAAAGAAACAAAUAAGGAAAAGAAACGGUAUAAAAGCACUCUUUUUGAAGGCUCUGUCACACUCCGCCCUCUCUCUUUUCCUUCAGUUUUCUUCAAACACAAAGCAAACAAUAACCCAUUUCUCUAUUCUACAUGGAUUCAACGCUAACAAUCCAACAAACAAUCGAACAAUAACCCAAAAACCCCAUACGUUUUCCAUCCAAUCCGUCAUCGUGUUACUGUUAUGUCGCCAGCGGCAGUGGAUAUUCAGUCUCCAGGAAUCUCCAAUUCUUCAUCUCUUCAAAGCCCUAAUCAUAACCCUAAUUAUGAUCAUCAGGAGACAAUCAAGCCCCCAAUUUUUGGCGAUGCAAGCGAAUUUUAUGACAGUAAUGGCUUGGCUUCUCGGAACGGGCUGCUGCGGGCGGGCAGGACCCGCCCGAGGAUGGUGAAGGUGAGGAAACAGUUGCAUCAUGGGAAGUUGAAAGCGAUAUCAGGUGAGUUCGGCUUGGGUGGUUUUAACCCGUUUCAGUUGGCUGCUGAAACUGAUUGUAGCAGUAGUAAAAAUGGGAUUGCAGUAGAGAAAUGUGAAUUAAAAAAUAUGAGUUCUGCUUUUGGUGCUAAGAGCAGCAGCAGCAGCAGCAGCGGCAGUAGUAAUACUAGUAGUAGUGUAUCAAUUUUGGAUUCUGGGGAGAGAAUGUUUUAUUUAAAUGUGGAACCUUUGAGUUCUAAAGUAGAGUCUGCAACACCAGAGAGCAUGGGUUUUGUGUUUGAGGAUGAGAAGACUAAGCAUUUUAAUGAAAAUGAGGGACAAGUGGUUUCCAAAUCAGAUAACGAGGAGCUUGAUAGUUCAGGCUUUGUGUUUGGGUCUAAGGAGUGGCAUAAAAUUAUAAAUGAGGACAAAGAAGUUUCAAAAGCAGAGAAUAGUAUCCUUGAUAAUGUCGGUUUUGUGUUUGGUGCUAGUCAUAAUAAUGUUGAAAUACAACCAGAACUGGAAAAGACAGAAUCAAGAGAGUGUGGAUUGAAUUCAGGUUUUCAGUAUCUGGGAGGGGUGAGUUUAGAGGCUGAAGUUAAGCAUGGGAAGGAUAAUUUUGUGAGGUUUGAGUUUGAAGCUGCUGAGAGCAAUUCAGGGUCAAAUUUUAAUUUCGAGAAGGGAGAUUCUAGUGGCAAUGCUGCAAUUCCAGAUUCUAAUAAUGUUGGGUUCAUUUUUGGUGCUUCUGACAAUAAUUACUGUACAAAUAUCUGUGAUGCCAAUUUUAUAUUUGGAGCCAGCUGCUUCAAUUCGAACGACAAGAAAGAAUCUGGUGGAAGUCUUCAAAGUUUGGGCUCUACUGAAACAGGGAAGAUGAAAGUUGAGGGUCAAACAGCCCAUGGGGUCAUCAGUGCUGCACUUAAAUCUGACCUUAAUGGAACUGGCUGCUGGAUGAAGGAUAAAGACAAGGUCCCUCAUGUACUUGGGAAUAGCAGUAAGAAGAGUUCUGGUUCAGGGGAAUGCAUGGCUACAAAUUUUCCUGAUGAGAUGAAAUCGAGCAGUAGAAUUUUUGAAAGCUGUAACAGCAUGGCAGGAGCUCAAAAUGGUACUCUAGAUUCUGACAUUGAUCUUAAGUGUAAACUUCCAUUAUUUCAGAACAUUAGUAAUAUAGCUAAUGUAUUUGGCACUAACCCUCUUAUGAAUCUAUAUGAUGAAAUAAAAAAAUUGAACAUAGAUGGUUUUAAGAAUGUCGAUGAAGCUGUUAAUACAGAGGCAUCUGCAAAUGAUGAUCCUUUAUUUGUGUUCAGAAGCAAUAAAAUGGCAGAAGCCACUUCUAAUGGAAGUUCGGCCUCUACUUAUGAGCAGAAUUUAGAUGGUCUGGCUGGCGCUGCUAAAGGAAAUUUUGGCAAACAAUUUGAAUCCACUGAUAAGACUGGAAGAUCUAAUGUAGGUAGCACUACUAUUGGAAUUUCUAGUUCUGAGUCAUUUACAUUUCAGCAAGAACAUGCAGUGGGUUCUGCGAAGGGCCAUUUAUCUCAUGGUCAACUGAUCAAUGGUCCAGAGCUCAAUGGAGCUGCUGCAUCAUCUUCAUUCUCAUUGUUUAAUCUUGAAUCCCAAGGAAAGGAAAAUAAUGAAAGUAGCUCAGAUGGGUUAGGAGUGCCAUUUACAGAUUUCACAACUCCAAAAUGGGAUCCUUCUUGUUUAAAAGCCAGUUUAUUUCCUGAAUUAAAUAAAAAACUGGAAUUCAGUGUAAAGGGUGGAUCAAAAAAGGACAAAAAAUCAAAGACAAUGAGGAGAAAAUUGAAGCAACUGUCUCAAUAUAAGCAACAUCAAGAGCAGGAUCAUUUGGAAAAUAAAAACAGUCCCCAAGAGGCUACUAACUCCCCAGGUUGCUAUUCCCCUAUGGAUUUUUCUCCUUAUGAGGAGACUGCUGCCACUGAGAUAUUUUCAAGGGAAACUACCAUGACAUCGAAAGAUUCCAUCCACCUAGAUAACAAUUGUGCAUCUUCUGCUUUGCAUUCUACAGUGGCUGGCGGUCUUAAAGAUGGAGAAAUAUUAGAUCUUGAUAAAGGUGAUGAGACAAAUACAGAGAAUUUUGUCUAUCAUUCUGAAAAGUGCUUCGCCGGUGAUUCUCCGGCAAAAGUGUUUGGUUUUGAAAUGCCAUGCUCUGAUCAUAAUGCUGAGCAGGUACCCAGCAGCUCUGGUGCUGGUGUUGUUUAUGCUGAAAAUGCAUUUGCCUUCAACACCGGAAGCAGCCGGCAAAUGCAGUUUGGUUUUGCUUCAGGUUUGGAAGAUAUAGAUGGAAGAAAAUUUGCCUUUUCUGCUUCAUCUGCUACACCAAAAAGUAUAUAUGCAGCAAAACGCGUGCAUAGAAAAAAGAGUAGGAGGAAAGUUGCUAGUGAACCAUUUCUUGUUGCUGCAAACUCAAAUGUUAAGGAUCAAGAAGGAGAUUUGAGAACACAAAGAAAAUUUGGGAAUGAUUCUGAAGAAAAUGAUCAGGUGAAGCAAGGUUCUGCCUCAUCUACUGUUGCAAUUCAGGAAGCAUGUGAGACAUGGCGACUCAGGGGAAAUCAUGCUUACAAAAAUGGUGAUCUGUUGAAAGCUGAAGAUUCUUACACGCGCGGUAUAAAUUCUGUCCCUUCUAGUGAGAUAUCAGGCUGCUGCCUCAAGCCUCUUGUUAUUUGCUAUAGCAAUCGGGCAGCAACUCGGAUGUCUCUUGGAAACAUGAGGGAAGCUUUGAAGGAUUGUGCAACAGCUGCUGUUCUAGAUCCCAGAUUUCUCAAAGUUCAGAUGAGAGCUGCUAAUUGUCAUCUUGCUCUGGGGGAAGUUGAGAAGGCAUAUAACUAUUUUAGCACGUGCUUGGAAUUUGGGGCUGGUGUAUGUUUGGAUCGAAGAAUCACAGUAGAAGCUGCUGAUGGCCUGCAAAAAUGUCAGAAAGUGGUCGAGUAUAUAAAUCAGUGUGACAAACUUUUGGAUAGAAGGACAUCUGAUGCAGCACGUAAUGCUUUAGAUAUAAUUGCAGAUGCCUUGUCAAUUAGUCCAUAUUCAGAAAGACUACUGGAAAUGAAAGCUGAGUUUAUGUUCAUGUUACAGAGGUAUGAAGAGAUGAUUCAGCUGUGUGAGCAGACUCUGCAUGCUGCUGAAAAGAAUUUCGCUUCAUCUGGCAUUGAAGACCAGCUUGUGGUUAGGGAUGGUUCUCAAAAUGAAUGUCACUCAUUUGCAAGGCUGUGGAGGUGGCGCUUAAUAUCAAAGUCUUACUUCUAUUUGGGAAGGCUUGAAGUGGCUCUUGAUUUUCUUGAGAAGUUGGAGCGAAUUGGAUCUACAAGUGAUAAGAAUGCAAAUAAGAUACUGGAAUCAUCUGUCUCAUUGGCGGUUACAAUACGUGCUCUUGUUAAUUACAAGAGUGCAGGCAAUGAAGCUGUUCGAUCAGGAAGAUAUACAGAAGCACUAGAACAUUACACUGCUGCUAUAUCAAGCAAUAUUGAAUCACGCCCUUUUGCAGCAAUCUGUUUUUGCAACCGUGCUGCAGCACAUCAAGCCUUGAGCCAAAUUGCUGAUGCUAUUGCUGAUUGUAGUCUAGCCACUGCCCUUGAUGGAAUUUACUCUAAGGCAGUUGCCAGGAGAGCCACCUUACAUGAGAUGAUCAGAGACUUUGGACAAGCUGCUAGUGACCUCCAAAGACUCAUAAGUGUUCUUGAAAAUACAUCUGAUGGAAAAGGUAGACAGUUUGCCACACCCAGUAAAUCCAUCAGCAGCACAAAAGAAUUGAGGCAAGCUCAUCGGCGUCUAUCCUUGAUGGAAGAGGAAGCUAAGAAAGGAAUUCCAUUGGAUUUAUACCUUAUUUUGGGAGUGAAACAAUCUGACUCAGCAGCUGAUAUUAAAAAGGCGUACCGUAAAGCGGCACUCAGACAUCAUCCAGACAAGGCUGGUCAGUUCCUUGCAAGAAGUGAGAGUGGAGAAGAGGGGAGACUUUGGAAGGAUAUUGUCCAGGAGGUACACAUGGAUGCUGACAGGUUAUUUAAAAUGAUUGGAGAAGCAUAUGCAGUGCUCUCAGACCCCACUAAGCGGUCAGAAUAUGAUCUUGACGAGGAAAUUAGAAAGGCAUCAAAGGAAUACAAUGGAAAUCACCCACCCAGAAGGCCAUCAUCAGAUUAUCAUAGCUAUUCAUAUGGUAGGAAUGACCAUCGACGGAAUUGGCAGGAUACUUGGAGGACAUAUGGUCAUUCACGUUCUCGCUGGUAACAAGCACACCGAAAUCCUGGAAUUUAAGUGCAAGGAAAGCUUGAAGAUGAUUUUGGUUAAAUGAGGUUACGCAGCUAGUCAAUAGCCAACCUAUCUGACAACUCAGCCUCACAAGGCCAUGCCAUCACUAAGGUUCCCUAACUUUCAGAUUCUGUCUUACUGGUCCAUGAACGGACCAAACUCCAUCGGUGAAUUUAGCCUCGGAAUGAAUUGAAUCAGAAGUGAUAGCUAUUUGCGUAAGAUUCAUUGCUUCUAGCAAACAUGGAGUAUUUCAAGUUCAAGGAUUUACGACUUGCAGAGUUAAUAUGAAAGUUUCACCAUACUGAAGAUUAAACAGGAGAUGAGGGAGAACAGUUUGUCAUGAAAGGCAAAGUUUAUACAAUCUGUUUUUUACCUUGCCUUUGUGGCUCAGAAAAUUAGGAAUAUGAAGGAAGAAUUGGGGGUUUCUUCAUGUACUUCCAACUCCGAGUCUUAUAGAAACACAACUUCAUAGAAAUUGCCAUCCAUAUUAUAAUUUUUGUAAUAUAGAAUGGAAAAUAAUGUAAUACAAUAUGUGUCCCUUUAGAUUUUCAAUUGAGCAUCGGAUGCUACAGGAUAAUCAUGUAAUCUAGUCAUUGUCCUCUCCCAAACGCACGUCGAUCUACCAAUAAUGCAGAUUUAGACAGGUUCUUAGGCAACA